GCGCCAUGACCUUGCCCUUCUGGAAGUUGAGCACCUGCAGGCCCUCUUUGGUCGUGGCGCGACUGAGCGCGACGUAGGCCUGUCCCUUCUCAAACACCCUGCCGAGAUCGACCUUGACGCGCUCCAGCGUCUGGCCCUGGGCCUUGUGGAUGGACAGGGCCCACGCCAGGAUCAGCGGCACCUGCCUGCGCGCCGCCUGCGUCUCGCCAGUCGGGAGCUGCACCUUCCAGUCUUCGGGAAGGCACAGAAUGCGUCGUUGUGUGCCAUCGACUGCGUGGAAGGCCACCAUCGGGUACUUCUUGUCGUCGCCUUUGGUGGAGGUCUCGAACAGAGCGUUGGUGAAUGCGCGGACUCGCCUCUUGGUGUCUGAUUCGACAUCCGAGGAGUCCUCAAGCCCGUUCUGCAACUCGAACUUGGCCAUGGACAUAAAGUCGAUCACGGUUCCCAGGGAGCCGUUGACGAGCGUGUCGUCCAUGUUUUUGAUCAGCAUGACUUGGGCUCCCUUCUUCAGUUCUAUGCUUGGAGGGGCCAUCAUGUUCGCCAGAAGCCUGUCUCGAAUCUUGAUGUCACCUUCGUCCACCGCAUCAUAGCGGUACACCUUUCCAGGCAAGGCGUUCAAGCGCCGCUGGUUCGACGACUCAACCUCCUGCCGAGUGGGAAACCUAAGAGCAACAUGGUUAGCUCGAC